AUGGCCUUAUUCUACACCAGGGAAGCUUUAAAAGCAGUUUUUACAUCAGCCAAGGCGAAACCACUCAGCCGUAACCUGUGGGAUACUCUAAACGAGCUACAGAUAUCACGUUUUCGUCCUACUCGUCGGAGCAAACGGGCUGGACAACGGAAGCAAAGACCUACUUCGGUUUCUACUAGUCGCAGAGAGGGAAGUGCAGUUCCUGGCUUGGCAGAAAUGCAUUCGGUUCCCGAUAUUUCCAACCUCAAUGAAGGGAUCAAUUUGCAUACUCCGAACCAGAACUUAUUAAAUAUUCAAUGUGACACCCAGCCCAGCGACAAAAACAACAUUGGAGAAACCGAAACCGGACCUACUCGGAGACAUUUACGCGCCAAAGUUCCAAAUGUGAUUGUCUCUAACGUUAUGUCACUUGCUCCAAAAAUCGAUGAAGUAAAAGAAUUCGUUUUGCGCAAAGAAGCCGACCUUGUUUUUAUUACCGAAACUUGGUUAAAAGAAAGCGUGUCCGACGGAGUCAUUAAUAUUCCUGACUUUAGUGUGGUACGCCGUGAUCGGAUGGAACAGAUGCAUGGUGGAGUGUGCGCGUAUAUCAAAGAUGGCUGUAGAUUCGAACAUCUAAAAGAGCUGAACUGCUGUGAAGAUCAUGAGAGUUUGUGGCUGCAUUUAAGACCCAAUCGCCUUCCUCGAGGUUUCCACUGUAUUAUUGCCGCUGCAAUAUAUCACCCACCCAGCGCAGACGACCAGUCACUGCGGGAGCAUCUGUUCCAGUCCCUCGCGCUCGUGGAGUCAAAGUUCCCCAACUCUGGCAUACUGCUUACUGGCGAUUUCAACCGUCUGGACGUAAGCGGCCUGCUAAGACACUUUUGCCUGAAGCAAAUUGUUAAGGUGCCAACGCGGAAAGAUGCAACCUUGGAUUUGAUUCUUACUAACAUGCACGAUCAUUACGCCGCGCCACAGGCCUUUCCACCUUUUGGUCUGUCGGACCACAACACGGUGCUAGCUGCUGCAAUAGACAAGAAACAAAACAACAACCGCAAGAAAACUAUCAUAAAGCGGGACCUGCGCACCAGUUCCAAGGCUGCACUCGGAAGAUAUCUGAUCAGCAUUGAUUGGUCCUUGUUAUUCGCCCCUCUAUCGGACUGCGAUCAAAUGUGGAAUACAUUUAUUGAAGUGGUGAGUACUGGGCUUGACAUCAUCAUGCCCGAGAAAGAGUACCACAUUUGUGCAGCCGACGCACCAUGGAUGACGCCAGGUCUUAAAUCCAUCAUACGCAAGAGACAAGAGGCCUUUAAAAAUCACGGCCCCGAGUCAGUUCAAUUCAAGUUCUUCAGAAACAUGGUGAAUAGGGAGAGGAAGGUCUGCAGAAGCCGGUUUUACGAUUCGAAGGUGAAACAACUGAAGGGCGAAAACCCAAAGAAAUGGUGGGAUGAGGUUAAGCGGCUCUGUGGCGCCAAAGUAACAAAUGGGGACUUGACUACUCAAAUAAACAUCGAGAAUUUUUCCGAACUCCCUAUGCAAGAUCAGGCAAACAGAAUCAACUCAGCCUUUUUAGAGCCUUUGGAGGUUUACCGGGUGAACGAGCCGCUCGAGCGCUUUCCCCUGGAGGAUGAGCCCGUGUUCCUUAGUGUUACCGAGGAUCGCGUGCAAAAGGUGUUAUCUAAACUCCACCCACGAAAGGCCUCGGGCCCCGACAAUGUGCCGAGCUGGCUUCUGAAAGAGUUUUCCGAUAUCAUGGCCCAACCGAUUACACAAAUCCUAAACGCAUCCUUUAAAGAUCAGCGACUGCCACCCAUCUGGAAAAUGGCUGAUGUCCCACCUCUUCCAAAAACGAAACCUGUGUUGGAUCUCAGAAAAGACCUAAGACCUAUUUCACUAACACCGUGCGUGUCUAAGGUGGCAGAGGAAUUCGUGGUCACGGACUUUGUCAAGCCAGCGGUCCUUGAGGUGAUUGGCCAAGACCAAUACGGGGCGAUCCCAAAGUCUUCUACCACCAUGGCGCUUAUAAGCAUGCUGCAUGCUUGGGCUCUCGGGACUGACGGGAAUGGAGCAACAGUAAGAACUUUGUUGUUUGACUAUCGCAAAGCCUUUGAUUUUAUUGAUCAUAGUAUUCUCGUAGAUAAGCUGAGUAGGUUGGCCAUCCCCCGUAGCGUUGUUAACUGGAUCAUUGAUUUUCUUUCCAAUAGAUUCCAACGAAUUAAGCUAGCCAAGGGCUGCUACUCCGAGUGGGGUCCAGUCCCCUCCGGGGUACCACAGGGUACCAAGCUAGGCCCGUGGUUAUUUGUUUUAUUUAUCAAUGAUCUAGAAUGUAAUUCCCCACACUUAUGGAAGUACGUAGACGACACCACGGUCUCCGAAGUGGUAUUGAAAGGGGAAUUAAGCAGCGCUCAGGGGUUGGUCAACGACAUCAUUGAGUGGUCCCACGACAAUAGAGUAGUCCUUAAUCCCGAUAAAUGCAAAGGGGUGAGAAUUUCGUUUGCGCGCUCGCCUCGACCUUUCGAUGCCAUUACCAUCGAGGGAAAGAAGCUUGAGGUCGUUAAAAGCACGAAAUUAUUAGGGCUCACAAUAAGCGAUAACUUGUCGUGGAACGCUCAUGUGAACGAGGUAGUCAAGAAAUCGAGCAAAAAGCUAUACUUUUUAAUCCAACUAAAAAGGGCUCGGCUACCUCCCUCAGACUUAUCUUUAAUUUACAAAGCUUGCAUUCGUUCGGCCGUCGACUAUGCAGUGCCGGUUUUUCAUAACGCCCUGCCGCAGUACCUAAAAAAUGAGCUCGUACGUAUCGAGAAAAGGGCGCUAUCUAUAAUUUUGCCCCGUACGAGCUACGAUGGUGCUUGUGAUUUGUUGGGCAUAACACCAUUAGAAGUGCACCACGGCAUAAUUUGCAGCAACCUCUUCGACGAAAUAGUCUCUGAUCCGAAUCAUAAACUAAAGAGCUUGCUGCCUCCAUCAAACGUUUCAAGCCAUAACCUUAGGAAAAACCGGCCCUUUGCCUUGCCCCGCCUUAAAACAAACAGAGCCAUGAAUUCUUUUACAUUCUCGAUGGCCAACAAAUCUUAA